AUGGGUGAGGGCAGAAGAACGCAAGUGAUGCUGUUGGACGAACGUCGGUUAGACAUAGUCGUACAGCCGAAACUGACCGUCGAAGAGUUGUUGAAUAUCGUGGCGUCGCACUGCCAUUUGCGCGAUCCGGACAAACACUACUUCGGCUUGACAUUCCUGGACGACAGGCAGCAGUAUCAUUGGCUGUACCGACAGCGAUGCGUCUUAGACCAUGAUUUCCCGAAGAAGAUGUACCUUUCCGGAGUCAGCAUUAUUCUGUAUCAUAUGAUUAAGUUCUAUGUGCAUUCCGUUUCGCAGCUCGCCUACUCGCCGACCGUUGAGCUCUAUUUCUUGCAAGUGCAGCAACACAUUUCACGGGGCUACUUCCAGGUGGACAGCAAGUCUAUGUUUCGGUUAAGCGGAUACGCGAUGCAAGCCUAUUUUGGGGACUACGUAAACGAAAGUGUGGCCAAAAAUCGUAUGAAGCGUUUACCUUUGUUUCCCGCAUCCCUUCUGAAGGAGUAUCCUUCUCUUGCACACUGUGAAGACAAACUUACGGAAAUUUACAAGAGUCUCUUUGGCAUGUCACGUGGAGCUGCCAUCCUUAAUUACAUGUCGCUAGUGGAGAAGAUGGAAAAUUACGGCAUGCAUUUCUAUGAGGUGAAGGAGAAAAGCGGUGCCUCGGUGUUGUUGGGUCUGUGUAGCAAGGGACUCUACCAGUUCGACGUGAACGAUCCGGCGGUGACUCGUCAGGUUCGUACUUUUAGCGUUAUCACUGGAAACAACUGGAGAACCUAUAUUACCGGGAUCGAAAGUUUUCGGUCGAAGUUCAUGAUCCAAAACGGCAUGUGA